UAACCGAGCGAAGCAAGGUUAGAAUCGCGUGAUUACGGGCACCGAUGGCAUAAAAUUACUUACAAAACUAAUUUAUCAAUACGGGCAGUCACUCAUCGCAAAAAAAAACAAUUUGACUGGAUUUGAGAUGUUAAACAGACAGAGAAUCGCACAAAUCUAAAUUACCAUAGAAAAAGAAAAAAAAGGAAUUUUAUUCCAUUUUUGGGUAUUAAAACCGGUGUUGAAUCAAAAUGGCGAUUUUCAAAGUCACACGGCACGAUAAACCAUCUUUGAAAAAACUUGUAAAAGCGGAGACGGUCACUGAGCUCAUCGAUGCGAAGACAAAAUUGUCAUUGACGGACAUCACAUACAAGAUCUUCAUGGAGGACCUGACCAAGAUAGAUGGUGAUGCAAUACUGCAAGAAUUGGUCUCAACUAGUAAAGAACAGUUGAUGUUAAUUCUUGUCCCUGAUGGGAUUGAUUGGGAUGGCAGCAUAAUGACAAAAAACAAACCGGAUGUAUUGGAAGUUACAGAAAAUCCAGAGAGGAUUCCUCAGCCAGGUCAAUCAUCAUCACGUCAAUCUUCCGAUUUAGACAAUAUUUAUUGUUAAUUGUCAUCUUCUGUGCAAAAAUCUCUGCGUACUGGAAAGUUCUUGGACUCUGGUGAAAAAAAAGUCUUAUCCAUGUCGUUGCAGAUUAUAUGGCGAACGAUCUGAAGGACACUUCUCUCACAAUGGCAAAGAAAAUGAGUCACCGAAUAGUCAACAAUUACUCAGCUUCAUUCACGGUGAAAAUUGGGGGUUUCACUUUGGAAGGGGCAGGUGCGAGUCUUGGGCAGAAACUUUAUGAUCGCAUCAACUACGUCAAACAAGAUCAUAACGGGAGUGGAGCUUCACAGUCGUAUACAUCGGAAGAUCUUCAAGAACCAACUAAGAAGCCGAAAGCUCAGGACGAGUAUGGCUGUGUAGCAUACUCACCUGAACUACCUGAAAAUGAAACCUGGGAAUCCCAGGAAGAGAAAAGAUUGGAAUUGAUGGAUUAUUACAAAUCUUCUGAAGCUGUUGAAUCAGUUACUCAAUUAAUGGCUGACAGUUAUUGUUUGCAACGCAAGCGUAUAAACAAAGAAAAGGAUUUAGACAAAUUUUUCGCUAAUUGGCCGUACUUCACAAAUUACAAAAUCAUUAUUGCCCUGGAAAUUUAUUUUGAGUGUAACUGUGGCUGUUCCGUUGUAACACUUGUGAGACACGCGCUCAUGCAUCGACAAUCGACAGAAGACACAGAAGAUGAUGAAAUCUUGAAUUUCGUAGAUGUCUUCAAUCCAGUAUUAAUUAUUAGAGGAAUUGAUAUACAUAACAAUCCAGCUCGUAAAUACGAUGUGGUUAUCGAGAAAAAAACUAUCACCAGAGUCAAUUCGUUCCUUGAUGGAAUAUUGAUAACAUUUCUAAUGUAUUUCAUUUUUGGAUUUGCCUACCCACCAGAGAUUGAAAGGACUCUGGAAGUGAUCCAACGAUUAUUCCUCAAAAUUAAUCCUCCUUGAGGAACCAAACGAGGUGAGAAAGAGAAAGGUGGUAAGAGAAAGGCAGUCAUUCAACAUCCAAAGCUCACCAGUUUUGUUCAAGAAAUCCACUCAUUCAAAGAACUUGACUCCAGCGAUUUAUGAAUUGAUUUUACGAUGGAUUUCCGUUUUUUUAAAUCUUAAUCUUAUGUUUUCACUUGAGGAAUUAUAUAUAUUUUCUUAAUUUCUAUAAAUUUUCUUAAUUUCACUUAUAUUUUCGUAAUGGUUGCUAAAAUCAUAACGUAUGCUCUUCAAUAUUUUAUACUACAAAUUCUCAAACAAUCACUUUAUGAUGGGUCAAAUGCAAAAAUUGGUAUUCUACAGGUCUAGCGCUGUUGAUUGAAUGAGCUUUACCAAAGGCUCACGCUGAUGAAGAUGAUUUCUUCAGGGAGCUUCUUUUGCAGUGCAAGACUGCACUGAUUGUGCAGCGCGAAGGCAUGAAAAACUAUUACUAUCUUUGAUGUUCUUAAGAGAAUAACGUUUAAUUGGUUCAUAUAUGUUUAUUGUCAAUGUUAUGAAACGUAUUACAAAAAGUCUAAAAUGAGUUGUUUUAAUAUAUAUAUAGUGAGUAUAU